CAAAUAUGUGCGCUGAUUCAUGGACGCGCUUGUGUCCACGAGAAAGACUAUUACCGUCAUUGUAAAGUGAUUAUUGCAUUCAUGCAAUCAGCUAAAUGGCAUUCAAUGAAUGGAGUCCCUGAAAUAGACGAACCACAUUCUGGCACAAUCAACCAACUACCCAUGAGUGAAUUGAAUGGUGUACAUCCACACAAAACUGCACAUCACCAAAGAACAGAUUUCUACUUUGAUCACGGGAGAUUUUGACAAUGUUAUUCACAACAAGCUUAAUGAAGCUACUCGCCUUGUUUGUGAUACUGGCAGCCUCGGAGGAGCUUAAUAUAGAGGUACAGAAUAGCUUGGCUAUGUGUCCACCUCCUUGUAACUGUACAAUAUCUAAUACACAGGACACGCCGGGGAUAAACAUGAAGUGUUGUAUGCUGGGAUUGAAGGAGCUGCCUCUAUUACCUCCUCUGGCAAAAGAGGUGUCACUCUCCCAUAAUCAAAUAAGCAAUAUAAAGGAGGAUUCAUUUUCUCAUCUGCCUCGCCUACAGACUGUUGAUCUCAGCUACAAUGCAUUGAACUUAAUCCCAGAAACUGCAUUCUUUAUGACAUCACAAUUAAAAAGCAUUAAUUUAUCACAUAAUCAAUUCGAGGAAGUCCCAAGUGGUUUACCAUUUGGAUUAAUGCAACUGGAUAUGAGUUACAAUGUUGUCAAAAUGAUCGAUACUGUUGCCUUGGAGGGGCUCUAUUUGCUCAAAGAGUUAAACCUAGGUGAAAAUGACAUUUCUCUGAUUCAUAAAUCAAGUUUCAGAACCACUGAUAAAGGACCUCAAAUACAUCCAGGCGAAGCAAAAUCAAACCCAAAUAUAACGGAGGUUAUGAAAAAAUAUUUUUUGCCAAACUUGCGGAAGAUUUCUCUCCGAAACAAUCAGAUUUUAAAGAUAGAAUCGGGGGCUUUGGAUCCUCUUGUGUCGUUGACUCAUUUGGAUUUAAGUGGUAAUUACAUCAGCUCAAUCCCUGUGGAUUUAUUUAAGUCACUUCCGCAGCUACAUAGUGUGAACCUUGCCAGAAAUCAGCUCAACGCAAUUAAAAAUGGAACUUUUAAAGGAAUUAUUUCAUUAAGGUAUUUAGACCUAAGUCGGAACUAUUUAACAACAUUACCUAUCGAUAUACCACCUUUACGUUGGCUGGAUAUGUCACAUAAUAAAAUCAUGACAAUUCCAAAAAAAUAUUCAGAUGUGAUACUGCCUGUGGAGUUAUUUACAUUUGCUUCAAACCCGCUAUAUUGCGAUUGUGAAAUAUUAUGGUUAAAGGAACUGUAUGAUACUAGGGAUUUCAUGUUACAAUAUAUAGAUGGCUCUGAUGGUCACCUUGUACCACAGUGUAGUGGCCCGUCAAGAAUGGCAGGUGAAUUAUGGGAUAGUUUAGCCGAUUCAUUGUUCACCUGCGAGCCCUCGGAUUACAAACCGCAACCUACCAAGGGCAGAUAUUUGGAAUCGGCAUCGAUAGUUACUCAGUAUAU